AUGACAGCUAUAAAGGUGAAUAAUUCUAAAUAUUUCCCUAUAGGUUCAAUUCUUCCACCAUAUAAACCUGAAUCGGUCAAUGAAACUCAAGAACUUUUCGAUUCUAUAUCUGUUACUCCUGAUAUCACCAUUUCAGAGAAAGCAAAGUUUCAAUGCUCUGCAUCAUCUA